AUGGAAAAGUUAGCGUAUGUUUUGUUAUUUUCAUUGGUUCUGGCAACGCCAUUCCGUACAGCUUUGGGUCAGAGUUUUGAUUCAUCGUCAUGGACGAGUUUCUUAGGCGGCGGUGGUGGUUUAUCACAAGACACUCUUGACCAGGCUAAGAAGGCUUUGGAAGCUUCCGGUACCAGUGUCUCCGAUGCUGCCAGUGCGGCCGCCAAUGUCGCCGCUUCCAGUGGCGCUGAUGGAGCUUCAGCUGCCAAAGAUCUCAUGGCUUCUCAUGGUUUCGGCGGAGUACCUGUACCACCAUCCAUGUCUGACUGGGUUUCUCAGCAAUCAGCCAUUGGCGGGAAAGCUGGAAAUCCUUCCAAAGCACCAUCACCAUCACCUUCAUCAGUUGAAGAUGCAGCUGAAGAACCUGCAGCAGAUGAGACGAGCGGUGAUGAAGAUGGUGAUGAUUCUACACCUUCUUCUUCUCCUUCUCCUUCUCCUUCUCCUUCUGCUGCUGCUCCUGCACCAGCCUCACCCUCACCUUCACCCUCACCCUCACCCUCACCAUCACCAUCACCAGCACUUUCACCAUUUGCUCCGGAAUCUGAACCAUCAGAUUCAGAUAUAACAAAAGACGACGAUGAAUAUUCUCCAUCACAGGCACCUUCCCCAUUCAGUUUACCUAGGCGUCUAUCACCAUCAUAUCCACCAUCAUACUCACCAAGACAGGCACCAAUAUCUGCACCAACACGUUCACCAGCAUAUGCACCUACACCAAGAGAAGCACCGACACCUUCUUCUUCUUCUUCUUCUUCUCCUUCUUCAUCUCCAGUGGUUGCUCCCACUAAGGCACCACCAACUGUUACACCUGUUGUAGUAGAAGAUGAUUUGUCAUUCGGGGCACCACCAGCUGAACAUGAGAUAGAGGAGAACCCUGAAGCAGCACGAUUAGACGAUUUAGUCGGUUACCUAGAAGAUUAG